AUGAGUCAGACGGCUCAGGGAGCAGCCUUCCCCACCGGCCGCAGCGCGGGCAGACCCGUCGUCCUCACCGUCCUCCUCUCAGGGACCUGACAUCAGACGCAGACCCCAGACCCCUGCCUUCAACCCCCAGAGCCUUCUGGAGCUUUCCUGCAGACCCACCACCCAAGUCCAGCACCCCUGCUACCCCCAGACCCCCUCAACAACAGGUUGCUGUUUCCCCCUCGCCGGCCGUGAUGAGGUCCCGGCUCCUCAUCUCUGUGGCCCACCUGCCCACGAUUCAAGAGACAUCAGAGGAGAGGCUCUCUGGGGGGCCUGUGCUGGAGCCCCCGCCCUCCCCUAGUCUGGAUGACUAUGUGAGGUCCAUUUGUCAGCUGGCACAGCCCACCUCGGCGCUGGACACGGCCCCAGCCAGGGACUCCUCCAGCAGACAGCACCGACCAUCCCGGGCCUGCGGAAAGAGCCACCCUGCCGCAUCCCUGCAGGACAUCACUGCCCACUUUAGCGGCCAGCAGCCCCCACUGCCCGGGCCUGGCUCUGCAGACCCCCUGGACUGGCUUUUUGGGGAGUCCCAGGAAAAGCAGCCCAGCACGAAGGGCCCACUGUGGAGAACUGGCCCCUCUGCUGACUCCUGGGGUCUGCGCAGACAAACAGACGCCGGCAAGUCUAGGGGGGGCCCCCGGGGGAGGCUCUGUGAGGCCAGGGCACCUGGGCACACUCUGGCAAGACCACCACAGGAGGGGCCCCCGAGCUUUCCAUGGGUCUCAGCCUUGCCCCACAGAGCCUGCGCCCGCAGCACCCUCAGGACUCUGAACCCACACCUCCCGGUGAUCCUGGAGCUCUGACACCUCCCAAUAAAGACUUCUGUGAUGAGCUCACCCGGCUCCCCAUCA